AAAAUCCCCUAAAAAUAUUUUGUCAUAUCAGCUAAAUCCAGAAUAUAUUAUGUGUAUAAUCUAUGAUCCAGAAUGUCAAAUUUGUUGGUAAACAUCCAUGAAUCUUUAGUAUCAAAACAAACAGGAAAAUCAUAUUUAAUUAAAGGAAAUUAUGAAUAUUAUCAUUACUUGUGUGAUGGAUUUGAUGAUAGGGGCUGGGGUUGCGGUUAUAGAACUCUUCAGACGAUAUGUUCCUGGAUGAAAUUAAAUCAUAUGGAUGUUGCUGUACCUUCAAUACGAGAGAUUCAAUCGAUACUGGUUGAUUUGGAAGAUAAACCGAAAACGUUUAUUGGUUCGAGACAGUGGAUUGGCAGUUUUGAGGUUUGCUUGGUAAUUGAUAAACUAUUUGAUGUUCCAUGUAAAAUUAUUCAUAUAAACAAAGGAGACGAUCUUAAAACUAUUGUGGACGCCUUAGUCAAACACUUCAUUGAGUACAGCAGUCCCGUAAUGAUGGGAGGAGAUGUUGAUUGCUCAUCUAAAGGGAUCAUGGGCAUUCAUAUUGGAGACCAUGGUGCCAGUUUAUUGGUGGUCGAUCCACACUAUGUUGGAAAACAACCACGUAAAAAUUAUCUACAAGACCAUGGCUGGGUGAAGUGGCAACCACUCCAUGAUUUCCUGAGUUCGUCUUUCUAUAAUUUGUGUCUGCCUCAAGUUAAAGCAAAGAAUGCGUGAAUCAAAGUUAGUCAAUUAAAGUAAAAAUAAAAUAAACAGAUUUCUUUGCGAGUCUUAUUUUAUUCAUUCGUAAUUGACUAUAUGAAAUCAUGAAAAUAACAAUAGAAACUUGAAUUCGGGAAACCAAACAAUUACAUCCAACAAUUAUAAAGUUACCAAUACAAAA